AGCGGGCAAGCGGCUGGGGCAGCGACCAGGGGCAGCGACCAGGGGCAGGAGCAGUGAACGGGAGGCAGCUGGCUAGUCCCUCGUACGCUCCGGGAGCCGCCCCAUCCCCCACCUCCACUGCAGCACCGGAUUUCUUCGUCCAGAAGGACCCAGGCGUCCCCGGCACCCCAGCCAUGGAGCAAGACAACAGUCCCCGAAAGAUCCAGUUCACUGUCCCGCUGCUGGAGCCGCACCUGGACCCGGAGGCGGCGGAGCAGAUCCGGAGGCGUCGCCCCACCCCUGCCACCCUUGUGCUCACCAGUGACCAGUCAUCUCCAGAGAUCGAUGAAGAUCGGCUUCCCAAUCCUCUGUUCAAGUCCACAUUGUCCAUGUCUCCAAGGCAGCGGAAGAAGGUGACUCGGACCACGCCCACGAUGAAAGAGCUCCAGAUGAUGGUGGAACAUCACCUGGGACAGCAGCAGAAGCAGCAAGGGGAAGAAACCGAGGCAGCAGCAGCUGAAAGUGAAGGAACACAGGAGACCUGCCUGCCUGAGACUGAGGACACAGAAAUGGAUUCAAGGCUGAGCCUCACUGGAACUGCCCAGAGGCUUCCAGAAUCCAUCCCCAAGAUCCAGGAGACUGGCAGUGAGGAAUCUAGCUCAGAGGCACCAACAGUUCAUAUACAACCUUCAGGCUCCAGGGGGGCAGACUAGGUCAGAGGGCCACGAAGCAGACCAGGAAUCAAGGCUGGGGCUGGGGCCCCGCAAAUGCUGGUUCUUUUCUUCAUUUCUUCGCUUCUGGGGGAAAACUCUUGUUUCUAAAAAGUGAUAAAUUUGGUGUUGGGCCUUUGGUGCCUUUCUUCUUUCCCAGA